GUAUGUGCUGCGUCGGUCGCGGUCAGACUCUCAACCGCCGAUGCGAGGCUUUCCACAACAGAGGGCAGGACGGCGGCGUCUGUGGGCAAGGUUGCGUUACCACCCGCUGAGAAGGUCCCGUUGAGGCCAGUUGGGGCUGUGUCGGAAAAGAUGCAAGUAGAUGCGACAAUUGGAACAGUCUCAACAGUGUAAGUGGUAAUUGUCACCUCCCUUGUGAUGAAAGAGAACUCGGUCGGACUGGGGCAUGCCUCUGUUGUCGGUGCUCAUAGUCCUACAGAGAGUGUAGAGGUGCCGGUAGGGAACGGCGGAGAGGUGCUCGUCGCAUUGAACGAGCCCGAUGCGCCAGUCGAAAGCAGCACAGAGAUAGAAGAGCAGCUGAAACGACCAGUGCCGUCUCCGGUUUCUGUUGAUGCAGUUGUGAGUCCCGUCGCAAUAGAGUUUAGAGACACUAAGGAAAUCGUUGCCGAUGCAGGUGGUGCAGUAGAGUUCAAUGAGACACUGGGUGUCUCGACCACAAUUUUGAUAUUACCGGGAGAACUAGGCGCAGAUUCUACGAUUAGGCUCGAGUUCACUACUCGGUUCUUAACUGUAGAAGUGGAGCCGAUCGACAGCGGCACAGUGAGCACCAGAGUUGUGUUGGCGCUAGGAGUCUCGACGGCGGUAGUCAGGUUCGAUGAGGGUGUCGCGCAUCCACUCGAGGCUGUGGAGUUUGCUGUACUUGUGCGACUGAUGGAACCAAAACGAUCUCCGGUGAAUGUUGGCGCGGUCAUGGGUCCUGUUGCUGUAGAGUUGACAGAUGCCGGUAGGAUAACACCAGAUGCACCGGUAGAGCUCAUGAAACCUGUUCCAGAUGCGGUCGAGAAGUUACCAACGCCUUUGGUUGAGAAGCGGCCUGUAGGUGUGGGGACAGGAAGUCGCCGUUUCAACGACAGUUGUAUUUGUCAGGACGCGUUCACUGGUCGUCUGAGUAGUAUUCUCGGAUGCACUAGUAGUGAUUGUGCUGCCAAAUGGUCAACAAUGCCAUCAAGCCCUGAUGAAGAUGCUUACACUGUGAGUGUGACCUCAGAGACCACGGUCGCUGGUGCGAGAUUGAGCCAGUCAUUGCAGAAGCUUCCGACGCUGUUGUCGGGGUUGUUGCUGAGCAAAGCUGCAAACUGGUCGUUAGGGCAGUCCAGGAUCUGGUCCUGUCUCUUUUCAAGGAUGUUCUUCCAUCAGCUGUUCUGUGCCUCGUCGGCGACGAUCUUCUUCACCUCAACAUGCUCCUCUGCCUUGCGAUGCAGGACCCAGCUUUCGGUGGUCGCAGAAAAGGAGAGAAGGGUGGUCGAAGCCAGUACUGAGCGAGUGAGGAACAUGAUCGAGCACUCAAGUGAGUGAGAGUUGCUCUGACCAGAUGUUCAAGUGGUUCCGAGAAGGGUUCGGUGGAUUACAAGCCAAAGUCUACCGCCAUGUGCACUUAUAAGAGAGUAUAGUGGAGCUCCAACCCGUUAGCCGUUCGGCCAGCCAUUCAAGAUUACUACCAUAUCGAGAAUGUGCCUUGCAGGGAAC